GUACGUUGAUUAUGAAACAAAAAUGAAAACUUCCUUAUAUGCAUUCAUAUAAAAGAAAUCAGUACAGCUGAAUUAACAUGGAAAUAAAUAUUAUCCGGUUAAUGUAAUUGAAGAUGUGUCAUAUGUUGCAGAAAUAAAACGAAAUUGGACCAUGAAUGAUGAUUUCAAGAAUUUUUAUAAGUUUUUUUUUCCAACUUAGUCAUUCCUGUUUAACUCACGGAUGAAAAUGGGGCGUUUUUGCGUGAUUGGAAUACUUGUUAUAAUAGUUUCAGCUCAAGUUGGACAGAGAUUUGCUUAUUCAAGUUAUACCAUACCUUGUGUCUUGGGCACGUCUUGUAUACUUCCCUGCAAAAUGGACCAUAUCAAAAGAAUGCUUCUGAUUAUUCCAUCAUAGGUCUCAUGGUUGAACAGUAACAAAGAAUAUCUUACACAAGGUAAAACUAUAAUGAAUCCGGAUUCGACAUAUUUAGGAGUUGAGAAAUCUGCAUAUAACACAUGGGACCUUCGUAACAAAAAUGUAACCAGAAAUUUUGCUGGGACAUACAAAUGCGAAGCAAAAAUAUGUAAUGAAACACUGACGCUCUCCGUGGUUAUAGUUGUUAUUGAAGGUAAACCAACACUUGAUAGAAGAAACUCUUCAAGCUCAAACUCAAAGUUUAAGGAGGGUGAAGAUGCCGAACUUAACUGCGUGUUUGACGGGUCACCGGCACCAGUAAUAAAAUGGUACCGCGGAAGACCCAUGGAGAUUAUCGAGGGUCUAGAACGGUCCAAGUUAAUUAUCCGGAAUGUGACGAGGUAUAGUCAGGCUAAUUACAAGUGCUCUGCUUCAAACAAACACGGAUCCGCUGAUAGACACAUGUACUUAACAGUUGAAUUCGGACCGGAAGUGUCCGUGGUGACGUCACUUAUUCGUGCUACAGAACAUGAAAAUGUAAUAAUGAGAUGCAUUGUUCAGGCUUCGCCAAUGAGUAAAGCGUAUUGGAAAUUCGAAGGAAAGAAAAUUAAUAUUAAUACAAGUCACAUCUAUGAGUUAGAAGAGAAUCAGUGGGCGGAUGAAAUUCCGGUGAAGCUUCUUCAGUUAAAAAUAAAGCUGAUAAGUGAAAAUGACCAGGGAAAUUACACGUGUCACGGUAGUGGGAUGGACGGCAAUCACGAGGAAACUGCUACUGUUCAACUCAUAAUCAGAGACUAAAAUGUUGUCGUAGAAUCAACAACACAAACAACAACCAAGCAAAAUUUGUUAAACCACCAACUUUGCGGGAUUUACGUUAUUUAGUAACUCAUUCUUGAUUGACUGUGUACAUGAAUAAAAUAAUGAUAAUUGUAGGAUACGGUAUUGGUAGUAAAAAGUAGGUAUAUUGGCAUAUAGACAUCAACAAAUUUAAAACACAAUUUUUUAAAUUAUAAUUUUGUUGUUGU